CUGGCGCCCCAUCCAUCGAGCAUGCGCAGUCGCGUGAUCGUUCGUGCGCGCGGGACAUACAGAAAAGCGUUGGGGUUCGGAAGGCGAAGAGCAACCAGGUGUGAACAAUGAAUGAUGACUUCACUAUUUCCCUCACACCUCCAUCCCUUACUGACAGUUUAGAGAUGGCUAUGGAAGUGGAGAAGGAGAACUCAAGACCCCCUUGUUUUUCCUGUGCUUUGGACAACAGAGAUGGAGGGAGACACUUUUCUGUAGAGUCUUAUCUAGCAAGUGGGUCUCUUAAGAGGCUUUUGCUGAGACUGGAUCCUUCUCCAACUGACUAUGAGGAAGAUACUGUGGAAAUAUUUGGCUUUCAUUGGGUUACUGAAAUUGCAUUAGUUGAGUCCUGUAGAUUUCUCUUUGGUUUACUUAGGCAACAUAUACACAAAUUGGAAAACCUAGUACAGAUGAGUUCGUCAGAUUUUGGUCAGGCAGCAAACCUACACUCGGAAGCAGGCAACAUUAGACAACAGUGUAUUGUAUUUCUGCAUUAUGUGAAGGUGUUCAUUUUCAGAUACUUGGAAUCUCACAAAACAGAGGAUGAUGGGUUACUCCAUCCAUAUGAAGAACUAGAAAUCCAGCUCCCUUCGGUCCUGGUUGAGGAGCUUCAUUCCUUGACCUUACAGAUUGGACAUCUGUAUGAACUCCCAAGUGGUAUCUUAGGAGCAUUUACCAUUCAACAUCAGGCCAAGCUGUUUCCUCCAUCAUGGCACUUGCUGCAUCUCCACUUGGAUAUCCAUUGGCUAGUGCUGGAAAUUCUUCAUAUCCUAGGCGAGAAGAUGCUGCGACAAAUUGUGUAUGCUCACCAGUUCAUGAACUUAACAGGAGAAAAUUUAACCAAUAUCAGUUUAUUUGAAGCACACUGUGAGAACCUCUUCUGCGAUCUGAUAAGUUUGUCAAUCAACAAAUAUACAAAGGUUAGACCAUCAGAGGCUCUAACCAGUCACCACUACCCUUGCAACUGCAUUAAGGAAUUAUGGGUUCUGCUUAUUCAGCUGCUGGACCACAGAAGUAAAGGUUCUCAUACAGAGUCUUUUUGGAGCUGGGUAAAUAAAAUUCUGAAGAAGGUCUUUGAAAGGCCCAGUACUGCAGAAGGGAUGUCUGUUUUUGAGCCAGCGCAGUGCAAAGAUCCAUUAAGUUUUAGCUGGUGGAUUAUUACUCAUCUGGCAUCACUCUACCAGUUUGACCGUAACGGAAAUGUAGAGGAAAAGAAACGAGUCAAAUCCAAUUGGAACUUUGUGGAAGAACUGCUGAAAAGGUCCACUCAUGCUCAAGCUGGUGUAUUAGAAGAGCAGAUACGAAUGCAUCUUCAGUGCUGUUUGACUCUGUGUAGCUUCUGGGACUUGAAUCUACCUACUGUCACCAUACUCUGGGAUUAUUACAGCAAGAAUCUGAACAGUUCCUUCACCAUUCCAUGGCUUGGUCUGAAGGGUUUAGCAAGUGUUUGCAAAACCCCUUUGUCUAUGCUUGAGUUGGUGAAAAGCUGCUGCUCUGACCAGCAGUGCCCUGACCUGUACAAAUCCAGUAACAGUUACCUAAUUUUUCUCUGCAUUUUGGCACGAAUGAUGAAAGCAGCAACGGAGAACAAUGUAACUCAUCCUUGGAAACAAAUUAAAGGAAGAAUUUAUUCCAAGUUCCAUCAGAAAAGAAUGCGAGAGCUGACAGAGGUGGGGCUGCAGAACUUCUUUAAUCUUUUCCUUGUGCUAGCGGUUAUUGCAGAAACAGAGGACAUUGCAAGUCGGGUGCUGGAUCUCCUGGAUUUUCUUAGCCCAACUUCCAUCAGCAUUUCUCAGAGAGCCCUCAUUUGGAGAGGCUACUUCGCCUUCCUUCUGAUGUAUAUUGAGAAAAACAUGGACAUCAGUGUCCUAGCUGAGAAACUGUCGCAUGCUUUCUGUGAAAAAGCAAAGGAGUUCUUGGUAACGAAGAAUGACCACACACACAAACAAAAUCUCUGGACACCACUUUCCACUUAUGUUGAUGGUGUUCAAGAAGUGUUUGAGACCAGCUGCUACUUGAACCUUUCCCAGGAAAAGUUAUUAAAUGAUGGAUUUAGUAUGCUGUUCCCAGCUUGUCGAGGAACUGAACUCAGCAUGGUCCUAAACUUCCUGCAGGUGGUUCUGUCCAGGCUCAGGAGUGUGCACAAACGUGUGAUCCAGGGACCUCAGCUAGGGAACAUGGGUCCCAACGCACAACUUCCAUUAGUGGCUAAAGAGCACCACCUUGCUGUUGCCAGUGCUCUAUGGAGAAAUUUUUUCCCUUUCUUGAAGAGCCAGAGAAUGUCACAGACACUGCCACCUCCACAGCUUGCAGAUACAGCUGCAGGUUUUACUCUGUUGGCUUUGGACAUGCCAUGCACAGCUCCAUCAGAACUCCAGCCACAGCCUGUUGUAUCAAUGAUGCAGUUGUUUGGAUGGGAUGAUAUGGUGUGUCCGCAGCUCGUAUCCAGAUAUCUAAGUCAUCUAAUACAAAACAGUGCAUUAUCAGAAGCUUUUUGUGGUAUGGGACAUACAUCCUAUGAAGCCUUGUCAGUACGUUCUUGGUUUCGAUGCAUUUUGCAAAUGUACAUUGAUCAGCCUACUGAUACAUUGACCAGGACAGAUGCUGAGCGAACAUUUGGGAAAGUGUAUGUGGAGCAACUGACUGAAAUGACAAGACUGGUUUUUAAAUUCUCAGAAAUAGAAAACAUCUUCUCAAGGGCACAUUUUGAUGAGUCUGUCUUCAAGCAAGACCCUAAGAAUGCACUUAUACAAUUCAUUAAGGCUGUUGGUAUAACUUACAGCGGCCUUCAGACGGUAGCUGAGAAAUCUGCCAUGGUAACAAAGACGAUGGAAUAUCUAGGUGAUGUGGUAAAGUAUGUAAAACCUUAUUUGAUGAAGAAAGGACCUGCCGAAGGCCUGCAGCUCACUUACUCAAUUAUUGGAUGCCUUGUAAAGUGCUGGGCACCAAUACUGGCAACUUCUAAAGCACAACAGCUUUUGUUCCGCAUCAUAGAUAGCUUGCUGUUGCCACUUGUGGUGUUUCAGCAAGACAAAGAGCUGCCUGCAGUUAUGCUAUCUGCCAUUCGAGAGAAUCUUCCUCUUUAUCUUCAGGGCUUGUCCUUUGUAUGCUGUCAGUCCCAAACUCAAGCCGCCUAUUUGAACCAACUGCUAGGAAGUGUUAUUCAGCAGUAUUUUGGGCGCUUUCUCCCUCUUUCACCAUCUUAUCCAGGAAUUGGACAGCAUCCCAUGCUGCUAGCAUUAUGCAACUCUACUACUAUCCCACAGACUUUACAUCUACGGAAGACCACAGCAAAUAUCAUAAAUGAAAACUACCUUCAGUUCAAAGGUAACUCCCCUCCUCCACGCCUGGCCUCUGUUCUCGCUUUCAUCCUCCAAGUAUUGCAAAGAACCAAGAGCACUGAAGCAUGUGAUGUAGAGUUGCUUCUCCCUACUGUUUUAAAAUGCCUGGUAUUAGUUAAUGAAACACAAGUUAAAAAGCUAUCUACUGAGAUUCUGCAGUACAUGAUAGAAGGCUGCCAAGCCGGGUCAAGAGGAGAACCUGCCACCCAACUGACUUUUGUGUUUAGGCAGUUUAUCCAGGAUUAUACUGCACUAUACGAUCAUCAGGUUUACAGCAUCUUGGAAGUAGUGGCAGUUUUGGAUCAGCCUCUAGUUAUCAGUCUGAUUCCCACAAUCACACAGUCCCUGAAGGACUCAGAGCACAAACAAGGGCUUGGCAGAAACACUGCACAAAGAGAAGCCUAUAAAAGACUGUUAUCUCACCUUACAGAAGCUGGUCAAAACGAGAUACUAAAACUGGAAAAUGAGAAGAGUUAACAAUUAAUUGGCGAUUAAUUCUUUCCCCUUGAAGUGUUUGCAGAGUUAGUGCCUGUUGUUAUAAUGUACUGUCCACAUUUUUUAUCUUCACCAAUAUAAUUAUUUAAUGCUUUUUCAAAGCAACAAGCUGAUUUUCCAACAGUACAUGUAGCAUUUGAAUAUUGGCAGACAUGAAGACUAAUUCGCAUGUUUUUGUCUUUCAGUUGAUGAUUGAAAGAUACUGGAAAUCCAUUAAAUAUUAGAAACAUCCACGUAAAAUUCAUAGGAAGACACUACACGUUUGGCUUUUUCAUUAGCACUCAAAUGACUUGGCACAAGUCUCAUUUAUGUGUUUUGAAGUAAAUUUUAAUUUUUAAAUUUCUAAUGGGGAUGUGCUCUAUAGAUCAGAAAUAAGUGUGAUGUGUAGAACGCUGGGAGUCAGGCAGCAGGCUUUCAUGCCGAGCAUACAAAAGCACUUCAUGUAAGCAUGCUGAGCUCAGGGAAUGCAAUGUGUUCACCAAAAGCUGGGUCAGGGUUAGGCCAGCUUACAUUAAUAGAAAGGCUUCUGUAGAUGUUUCACAGAAUAGAGACAGGUGUCCUAACCUUGCUUAUAUAUUAAAAACCUUUUGGAUCUUUCGGAUUCCAACUUAAAACCUCGUCUCUGUUGUCCUUGGUGGGGAGCAUGGAAGAAGCAAGUCUCAGCUUCCUUAAUAUCAAACUGAAAUAGUAAUUUCCUCUUCUUCCUCUUAAAAAAAUUAACUAAACUAAAAAAUCUGGUAAAAUGCACAUUUGUAGUAUUAUUGUAACGCUCCAUAAUUAUAUGAAUUUCAUUAGUUAGUUUAACCCAGACAGAGGUUAAAGGGAGAGAGCAAGAACGCCAAUGGACUUGGGAACACUGAUUUCAAAUUCUUUAAUUAGUUCAUAGUGUGAUUUAAAUUGUGUGCCUGGCUAGCUGAAUUUCUCAAAUAUCUCCCUGUGUCCUUGAUCCUUUUCUCUAGUGUACCCUAACUUUUCUCUGACAUAACUGACGUUUCAGAACCUUCAUUUAAGAUUCUGUAGAAAUCACAUUUUUGAUUCAUUAUCAUGGAUUCUGAAGACUUAUUCCUGGGGUAUGGGGGGGGGGGGGGGGGAGUGCGUGUGUGUGCACAUUCUAGCAACAUCAUUGAAUGGGUUAUCUAUUUUCAUCCUUAACUUCAGAGUUAAUGGGGAAGGAGGAGAGUCUUUUUUGUGUCUGUCUACAGCUCCAGAACUGUCCCUAACAUUUUGUUGGAAGCAGCAUCUGUUUUGUUACUGUGCUCCCUAUCAAGUAGAAACAGAUAAUGUUUUCCCUAAAUCGACUUAUUGUUGCAUCAGCUAGUGUAGUAACUAAAAGCCUACUUAAUAGAGCAGGACACGGAUGCUCUUUUCAUUAUGAAAGUGACUUAUUGAACUUCCAUUGUAAGCUUCUGCACAUGGAAGAAGUUGUAUUCAUCUCAAGAAGCUUGUGCUUCUAAAAGGCUUUUUUCCUCCUCUAUGAAAAUUGUCCCACUAAGAUAAAGAGAUGCCUUCAAAAUCUGAGUUGUAUCACAUAGACAGCAGAAUAGAUGUCUGAAUUCAGUAUUUCUUCCUCACGUAACUGCUUUGACUUUCAAAGACGAGGUAGGGCAGAUGUUAUAACUAAUUAUUUAAUGAUGUGCUCAGUGAGUUUUUAAAAGGUAGAGUUGGUACUGUCUAAAGUUUCUAAAAUAGCAACACUGCUUUAUGAAAAUGACAUUGCUCUUGAUGCAUGACGAACUAAUUUAAAAAGUUUGGAAAUUAUUGUUCUUCUGUGUAUCAAAAUGUUAACGCAAACAGAAAUAAAGCAUUUUAUAUUA